AUGACUUCAAUACCGCGACCAAAACCAUGGGAACUAACCCAAAGUACAAAUUCACCUCAAGGAGAACUUUUGGAGCAAGUAUCCAACGAGUCAUACUCCAAUGACCAACGUGUUGAUAAUACGGACACCCAUUUAAUGAAUAAUAAUAACUACAAUAACAAUAACGAUACUAAUAACAACAAUAACGAAACCUCUCUGCCACCACCAAUCCCAGGGCAUUCACCAGGCUCCACACUGAACACACCUUAUUAUAGAGGAUCUAAUUACGGACUUAACCAACAGACGUCUAUGGGUUAUGGGAUGGGAUCAAAUUAUAGUUUGGGAGGUGGUUAUGGGUAUAAUAUGGGCUCUACCUAUGGUAUGAAUAAUGGUAUGGGAUCUUACCUUAAUAACUACAGUUUUCCAGGCUAUGGAUAUAAUAAUGGAUACAUGGGUAAUAGGGAAAAUAUUAAUGGAGAUCCUAAUGGAGGUUUAGCAGAAUCUACAAGAGCAACCUUUCAACUGCUAGAAAAUGUGGUAGGUACUAUAAACGGGUUUGCUCAAAUGUUAGAAUCAAGUUAUAUGGCAACAUAUAAUUCUUUUUUUACCCUAAUAUCAUUUGCAGAGGAAGUUACAAAACUGAAAGAUAUUUUAGGUGGCAUGUUUGGAGUCUUUAACGUAGUAAAACUUCUGAGAAAAAUACUUAAACGAAGGGACACGAAAACCCAAAGAUCAAUGCGUGAUGGUGAGAGCCCUUUAGUUGGAGAGUUUACAAAUUUUACAAAGACAGGUGAAACUCGACAGAAGAAAAAGAAUAUGUCCCUCAAACCUUUGAUAGUAUUUUUCUUGGCUGUCUUUGGAUUCCCAUAUGUGUUAAAUAAACUUAUUAAGAGGGUACAUGACAUGAAAGUAUCAAAAUAUGGAAUUACAGGAAAUGAUCAUGAAGAUGUUAUUGAUCCAUCAAAAUUGGAGUUUGCCAGGGCAAUGUUUGAUUUUAUACCCGAAAAUCCCAAAAUAGAAGUUACAUUGAAGAAGGGUGAUUUAAUGGCAAUCUUGACUAAAACUGAUCCAUUUGGGAAGCAAUCUGAAUGGUGGAAAGUUAGGACGAAAGGAGGAGCCAUGGGUUACAUACCUUAUAAUUAUGUUGAAAUCAUUAAACGUCAAAAGAAAAUAGAGCAUGUAAACGAGUCUAAUAGUCACGGCUUGCAUGAAAGUUCAACAGGACAUGAAGAAUCAAACAAAGAAAUUGCAUAG